AUGAUCCACGCUUGGGCGCUGAGCCUUUGCUACCUGGCAGCUGGACUGGAGAUCGAUGGGACCGAAACUGUUGGAGUCAGACUCCACUCGGAGCCCUCAGAGCCGCUAGCCGUAGAGCCCCCGGUCUUGCUGGAGCUGGGAUCGAACCUCACUUGGCGUGGUCGCUGGCAGCAGCGAGUGCGCGAGGGAGGCGCGAAGCUUCCGGACCUUGCAAAAGUCGAGAAGGACUCGCCUUUUGGAACGGGUCCUGGACGCAAGGUGACCUGUGUGGGCACCUCGGGCAUCGCGCUGCCAACGGGCUUCACGGAGCCCGCACUGCAGCCCCUGAUCCCCGCAAGAAGCAUCGAAGAGGUUUGGGCAUACAACGAUGCAGGCAGAUACGGCACGAACGUACAGGGCAUGCGCUUUGCAGCCAUUGCUUUGGCGAAAGGCGAAGAUAAUGCAGGUAGCCAACAAAUAGUCUUUGGCACAGACGUGCCUUCUGCUGCCCCGGUUUGGAACGAAGCAGAUUGCGAUUUUGGAACGACGCUGAAAUCUGGUGCAAGGGCGGACUCCGCUGCAAAGAAUGCGGAGACAAAUGCCACCUGGGAGGGCACCACUUGGCGCAUCUAUCGCCAGGUGACUUGCGUGGGCACCUGGGGCACGCACAUUCCGUGGGCUUUCACUGCACCGUCCGCGACGCCAGAUCCUGUUCCCAAGAGCUUGGCAGAGAUCUGGGAAACCAAUGUAGCUGGAGACUAUGGCUCCAAUGUGCAAGGCAUGCAGUACGCCAUCGUUAGUCUCAUGGACGGGCAGAAGAAUGGAGGGAAAUAUCGCAUCUUCUUCAGCAAUGCCCUGCCACCAGAGUCAGAGAACUUGUGGAAAGACGAGGACUGCGAGUUCGGCACCAAGGCACUCCUCAUGGGUGCCAGCCCGGGUGCACUCCCCAGGAAAAACGGGGAGAAGGAGACGACCUUUGGAGGGACGACCUGGCGCUUUUACAAGCGGGAGGCGAGCUGUGAGGAGAAAGUGGCCAUCAUCGAGCCUGGCACCAUCGUUUGCGAAAGCAACACGUGGUGGGGAGGAUGGAGGAACAGCAGAGAUUGCACUCCCCAGAUCACCGCGCAGGGUGAUUUAACCACGUGGAACAGAGGAUACGGCGUCCAUUUCACGGAGUGGGCGAAGAUUACACUGGCCCAGCCGGCAAAGGUGUCUCAGGUGGAGAUCUUUCACUGGAGAGGCCUCGAGUGCCCUUAUGAGCUGCAGUACGACUCUGGAGAUGGUCGCUGGGUGAAGGCCUGCGAAAUCUCUGGUACCGUCUCCGGGAAGGAAACGUGUUCAUCUGGGUUUCCGGCUGCCCCUCUGGAUAAGCUGCGGAUCUGGAAGUCGUGGCGGGCUCGAUGUCCUGACUCGUGGUUUCGCCUCACGGGCGUCCGCGUGACGGGAGCUCAAUGCCAGGCUUGGGCUCGGUGCUCGCAGCCGUGGAUCGCGAAGGCGGCCUGGACGGCUUCGGGGAGCGGCAACCGGGAUGGUGGGUGGCGUGGCGACAUCAAUCGUGCCAUCAACGACCAGUACUACUACGUCCGCUACCGCACUGGAGCUGACAAGAAGUUUGUCAUCACCCUCACGCUGCGAGAGGCCCGAAGCACUUUUUUUUGCUUGCACCCGCUGCUGUUGUCGCUGGAGCCACGCAGGAGGGUGAGGAAGUCUUUGCUGCAGCUGCCAGGCUACCACGGUGGCCGCCGUCGGCAUCACGGUGGGCAACAGUCCAGUGACUCGCCUUCGCAUCUCGAGAUUUCACGAGCGCAGAAUCUUUGUACCGAAGCUCUUCAAAUCUAUGCGUGUCAGAUGUGCCAGCUGUGCCAGCUGUGUCAUGUCCCUGAUGCAGAUGCCCAGGACUGCAGAGGGGAGGGCUACAGUGGCCUUCGCAUCGACGUGCAAGCAUCUGGUCGCCUGGCCAGUAUCGACAGCAAACGUUGCGAAAUGUUUGCUGAACUUGUGAUGACAUGUGAUGACUGUUGA